AUGGAGAAAAGACGCAAUCGCCGUGACCGCCGUAAUUAUAUUUUAUCGGGUCCCAACGAUUUAUCCUUGCUAUAUGCACAAGCCGAUCAUCGGUCUGAGGCUAUAUGGCAACAAAAUAUGGAAGUUGGGGCAAUUGCUUGCAGAAGGAUGGGAACAAUUUUACAUCUGGACGACAUUCCGAAUCAAAUAAUACCUUAUCUGAGACAAACUGGAUUUUAUGGGAUAAUACGGUUAGGAUUUUUUGCAUUGGAUUGGCAUCUAAUUAGUGCCCUGGUGGAGCGGUGGCGACCAGAGACCCAUACGUUUAUGUUUUCCGAAGGGGAAAUGACCAUUACCGUUCAGGAUGUAGGGUUAAUAACCGGGUUGCCGGUCAAUGGUGCAGCUGUUACAGGGCGUUCAUGCCACCAUUGGUCAUCGGUGUGUGAGGCACUAUUAGGUGUCGUUCCACCUAAUAGUGCCAUAAGAGGUUGUUACUUGAAGAUGGUAUGGCUAGCUGAGGAGUUUAGUCAGCUUCCAGAUGACUCCGAUGAGGAAGUUGUGCAGAGGUUCGCACGCGCAUAUAUCAUGAGAGUUAUUGGAUCUAUUUUUAGUGAUACAUCAGCUUCGCGUGUGAACCUUAUAUUUUUACCUUUGCUAGCCGACUUGGAGAAAGUCGGCAAUUAUAGCUGGGGUGGUGCAUGUCUGGCAUGGUUGUACAGACAGUUAUGUAAGACGACAAAUCCUGAAGUUAUGCAAAUGGCAGGUUCAUUGUUCAUUCUCCAGAUAUGGACAUGGGACUGUAUCACAGCAGUUUCGCCGACACUGUGGAGUAAUGAUAACGGAGGUCGUCACCCACGUACUCGUUGA